CGCCACCCAUCUACCGGCUGGGUCUCCUGCGCCUCGACCGCCCAGUGUCCGUCUUUUCCCAGUUUCUCUCGCAGGUUCGGCCGGUGUGAAGUACCUCGAGAUUUUGGUGUCAAGAGGAAGUGUCAAGGCAGGUUUCGAGAGCCGCUGUUCCGUCGCAUGACCGCCAUGACUACGUAUGUCAAGCCUUUUCACUCGCCGCUCGUGGGACACAAGAAGAGCUUCCAUGACUACGAACUCGAGCACAGCUUCAACAAGAGGCUGAGCUGUCUCGUGGGCGUGACUGUGGUGUCCUUCAUCAUCGGCGUCGCUGCUCUCUCCAUCUCCGUCUUGUUGCUUCUGCAGAGCAUGGGUCCCUGCGGCGCCGACAAGGAAGCUCUCGCCGGCCUGCAGCAGCGCAUCGAGUACCUGGAGCGUCAGGUUCCUUCGCUGUACCCGACGGCGACCUUCGGCAGCCCCGCCCACAGCGUCCCCGCAGUCCCCGAGUCCCCCCGCAACGAGCCGCCUGUGACCGAGGACGACCCCGCCAGCCCUAGCCGAGGCAGCGAACACGGCGAUGAACACACCGGUGAACACGACCCGUCCCAUGAACACGUCGAUGAACACAAACCCUCCGUUGAAGCCGUCUCCGAACACAGCAUCCCCGCUGAUCACGUGAUUGUCCUCGAACCCUCUGGCGGACACGAGGGCGAGGAGGACCCUCAGCCGCCCGUCGUGGAGGAAGGCCCUGAGGACUCCGCCGUUCCUCCCGAUUCCGAUCUUCCUGCAGAGUACGACGACGACGAGGACCACGGCGAGGGCUCAGGGGACGACGAGUGCCCGCAGCUCCCUCGGCCCGUGUGCCCCGUCGGCUACACCAUUUGCCAGACCGCGCAGAGGUGCCCCCAGCCGGUGUGCUGCAAGUGAAAGCGAGGCGCACGCGUUGGCGCCUCGCACGAAAGUAGAGCAGGCGGGGAAGGGGAAAAAAAAGUCGCUUAAGAACUUAGCUUCAUUCUAUUGGCUCGUUUAGGGCUGUGUGUUCGUGAGAGACAUCUGAGCCGCGUUUGAUGGGGGAGACUUCCUAGCCACUUGGCAGCUUCGGCUUGGUCCACUUGGGAAAUGAGUGUCGUAUUUGAGAUCUUGGUGAUGUCACGUUUGAUUCUCGCGCUUGAAAGUUUGUGCCUCUGAUGAUUUAACGUAAUGACAGGACAGUCUCUUGGCUUCUCCAGCACAAAAACCCUGUUAUAAUCACCUUUAUGUUGAACGUAUGAAUUAGUGUUGUGAUAAUUCAUCAUCAACCUUCAGUUAUGUUCAUUUCCGGACAGUUAGUAACGUACAUCACAAUACUCCUUAUGAAAAAAAAAACGAAAAAAUAAAUUAAACGAACAAACUAGGAAAUACAUGACCUUAUAUAGCAUUGGGGAUUUCACUACAGGUCAUUCUUAUCUCACCGUUAAAGGCAGCACUGAAUGAAUGGCAUCUAUUCAUUCAUCAUUCGAGUAUUGCGAUUUAUGCUACUAACUAUAAAAGGGAUUCGGUAUGUAGGCUAUAAAGAUAAAUUCGUUAGAUAUAGAUAACGCUUGUGGAUAUAUUAAGGAACCUUUAUGUGCGUAACAAAUGAUUCUGUUUAGUUCCAUUUUCAUAUAUACUUAGCUUUUAAAAAUCAUAUAUAUAUAUAUCUGUGUGAACUGUCACAAUGUGUGGUUUGUUUCCCCGCUAUCAUUGUAAUCUCUGUAAUAAAUCCAUUAUAUAAG